UAUUUGCGGUAUAUUCACCAAUCACGCAGAGAAGAAGCGGAGCUGGCUGUUCUGCGGCGGCUGCUCCUGCUAACAGGCUAAUAGCAGCCUCUUGUUGUAAAGGGGUGGUGAUAAAUCCGCAUUUAAUAUUUUCUGACCUUUUAGUUGAAUAAAAAGAAUCAUCUUGUUAUAGGGCACUAACAAGCUGAUUGUUGACAUGGGAGAUCCCGCUUUUCAUCGAGACUGUCCUCUUGACUGCAAGGUUUAUGUGGGAAAUCUAGGAAACAAUGGGAAUAAGACAGAAUUAGAACGAGCUUUUGGGUAUUACGGUCCGUUAAGAAGUGUUUGGGUGGCCAGGAAUCCUCCAGGUUUUGCUUUUGUAGAGUUUGAAGAUCCUAGAGAUGCAUCUGAUGCUGUAAGAGAACUGGAUGGCAGAACCAUGUGUGGCUGCCGUGUGCGUGUUGAGCUGUCGACUGGGGAGAAGCGCUCGAGGAGCCGCGGUCCUCCUCCUUCGUGGAGCAGACGUCCCCGAGAUGAUUUUAGGAGACGUAGUCCUCCAGUCAGACGCAGAUCACCGAGGAGGAGGAGCCUGAGCCGCAGUCGUAGCAGGUCUCUGUCAAGAGACAGACGCAGAUAUCGGUCUCUGUCCAGAGAUAAGAAUCGUAAGCGUUCACGAUCCUUCUCUCGAUCAAGGAGUCGUUCCAGGUCUCACGAAAGGAAGUGAAGGUCCUGGAUUGCUCCCCAAGAUCAUACAAAGAUUGUGAAGAGGAAAGUUUUUAUAGUGCCACUUUUCUUUCUUAGAUUUUGUUUGAAACUUUAAAGCACCCUGUGCUGCUUGCCAUCUUAUGGCUCGUUAUAUCCGUUAAAAGUACAAGAAAAGACGGGAUGUUUCUCAUUUUGUCAGCUGUCGAGACAAUUUUUUUUUUCUUUUUUAAAGGUCUCUUUUUUUGGAGGGUAUAAAUAUUCACAUGGAAGAAUUUGUCUCGUCCUGCAUGUUUUGAAACUAAAUACUGCCUUUACUUUAGCAGAAGACAUUUUUAACUGUUAAAAUACAUUCUUGUGAUUUUUGUUUUUAUUCAUGGCUGUUUCUACUUUUAUGGGGUCACUGUGAGAUGCAGGGACUUAACAGAUACUGGUGCUGUUAUUAGGAGGAUGUCCCUUAAACACAACCUAUAAUUCUGUAUUUUACCUACUGUAUAUUCGUCACAAAAGACGGUAUUUACUCUGAUUAUCUUGACUCUCAACUUCAACAAUUUGUGACAAUGCAGUUAAACAACUUGUUCAAUAAAUGUUUUUUCCAAGCUGA